UUUGUAAAAGUCGCGAUACAGCCAAGAGUUACGUGCCUUGUUCCUGUACCGGAGAUCAAGGGAGACAAAGGCUCCUCUGCAAGCCCGCCAUUAUGGCAGAAAAGCCAGUCGCUCAGGAAGCAUUUUUAAAUAAUGUCCACUACAGGGCAGGUUUUGUUGGCCUGUAUUCGCAGUUUAAGGAUGGUCGCAACUGUGAUCUUCGCCUGAACUUUACUAAUGAAAGUGAUACCAUUUUCAUCCAUAAGUGUUUGGCCGAUGUCUUCUUCACAAAGGUGGAAGCGGAUGUGGAUUGGGACCAUGGACGCCAGUUGUACCUGGAUCUUGGCAAAUUUGGAAUCCAGUACCCAAUAGCUGUCCGUGUCGUAGAACACCUUUAUACCGGUGUCCUGAAGUUUACACCGGCUCAGGCAACAAGUGUUCUGAUGGCUGCAGCUGUAUUGGGCUAUGAUGAGCUGGAGAAAUGCUGUCACAAGUACCUGCAGGGAAACUCUAAAGAAGGACAGACCUUGCAGGUCUCUGGAAGUUCUGGUUCUGUAAACAUGAAGCCGGGACCCAGUGGCACCAUCCCCACCUCGGAAAGCAGACCUUCACCUGUUACUGUAGGGGUAUCGACAUCUACCAGCACAGAGGUGGGAGUGUCUACAUCAGCAGGCCCAUUGACUAUGAAUUCUUUGUCAGACUUUUAUGGGCGUAACAUAGAGUGUUGUAUUCCUGGCUGCAGUGGACGGCCAUUAAAAGGAGAGACCGACUUCAUCAUCCAUCCCUUCCCCUGGCCUCUGGACAAACGCCAGUCCUGGAUCAACGCUAUUGUUGCUGUUUAUGGCAUGAAGUACUAUAACAGAGCAAGUGAAGGCCGAGGUGUCUGCACACACCAUUUCAGGAAGAACGACUACAAUGCCGCCAACAGACUUAAAGCUUUUUCUGUCCCAAGUCUCUUCAAAAAACUUGAAGAUAAACCACAAAAGCCACCGAGAACUAAAUCAUCAUCUGCAGAAACUCAACUAACCCAAGUGAUAAAACCUCACGCUCUAGAGGGGUACAUAAGGAAAAGAAAUAUUGUGGCUGAAGGCGUUUAUGAGAAUAGGAAUCUGCCAGAAACUUUUAACAGGAAAGAAGGCAGGAAAUUGACAACUGGUGAAGAAAAUACGUCAACAGAAAAAAGCGAAACAUUCUUCCAGUCAAAAGAUCCAGAUAGCAGUUGUAGUAGUGUUGCUUCAGCAUCAGAGCCAUCGGUAAUCAUCAAGACAGAGCCAGUUGAUGAUGAGUAUUACACAAGCUCAGGACUGACCAAUGAUUCUCAAAAUCUCAGGGAGGGUGUAGGACGAGAUUCUGACAGUCCUGUGGUAAAAUUAGAAGUGAACGAAGAAAGCCCCUCUAUGGACAGUGUACAUCAGGGUGGUGGUCCAGUGUCCUCAAGAGGAGUUUCCACUGGGACGGGUACAGAUUUUGACAAUGACAUGCAUGAUGGGAACAUAGGCUUUGAAACUGCUAGGAAAAGGAAGUACCCAGAAGUGUACAUGGAGCAUACCCACAGUGGUGAAGAGGAAAGUUACCACUCCUUUAUGAAUAAGAAUAAGGGCGGACUGGAAAGUGCACAUAACCAGGAUGAGUUUUGCACUGAGGAAGGAAAACAGAGGAAGAAAACUAAACUUAAGGUAAAAAGUCCUAGUACUUUAAAGAAAAGAAAAACUAAGGAUAAAACUGAAGGAAAUAUGGGAGACACUGAGGACCAAGAAUCUCAAUUGUUUGGUUUAGGGCUGAAAAAGAAAGGUUUGGAAUCUAAAACAAACAACGAAUCACCAUCUAAGAAAGGCAUGCGACUUCGAGAAAGAAAGAAAAAACCAAAUCAAUAUUUGGAUGAUGUCUACAAUGAGUAUUGUGUUGAAUAUGAGGGAGAUGAAGUUUCAUGGGAAAACAGCCUGAAACAGCAGAAAAGUAAGAACCUAUUUGUAUUGCCUAUUGCCGAAAAGGAGGAAACCAUUCAUAGAGAAGCGUAUUUUCCACCAGCUGCCAUUGUUCCAAUGGGUUGUGUGUCACGUUAUGCUCAGGGUAUUGUUGCAAAGCAACGCGUAGUUACUCGCACACUCACGGAUAAGGAGCUCAGGGGAUUUAAGGUGGAAAAGAAGGUUUAUCCUGAGCGGAAGACGAUAUUUCAGCAGUUUAAACAUACAGGGAAACAGGUGUUCAUGUGUGAUCCAGUAACUAAAGAUGCAGUACCUAUAUCUCAGUGGAAAAACCAGCAGGACCAAACUUCUGAGGAAAUACAAUCAAGGCAGAAAUCAAGCUCACCAUCAUCCCAGGACAGUGAAUCUGCUUAUGAUGCUUACAUUCAAAUUGGUAGACGUCCAACCCAGCAGAAAACACUGGUCGUUUGCCACCCUAAAAAGCCUGUAGUAAAACCUGUUAUCAAUUCACGGAAAGGAAAAUACUUUGAAAAUUCUGACUGUCAAAAAACUGAUAAAGUUGAGUUUGUGUACAGUGGUUGAUUAUGACCUCAUUCUAUAUGUUUUACAUGACUAUUACAUUUAAGUCGCAGAAUUGCAAUAUUUUUACACCAUUGCCUUAUUUAAUACAAAACUUUUAAGUCUCGCAACAGACUUGUCAAGAACUGUUGUGCUGCCUGAUUUUAUUGUUAUUAUUCAUUUCUGUCUUUGAUUGUAUAUUGUGUAAAAAAAAAUAAUUUCUGGAACAAGCCGCAUAUCAAUUAUGCUAGCACUAGAAGUAAAAUCAUUGACUGUGGACUUUUGAAAUCAAGGUUUGCUAUAACUUUGUAAAGAAAGUUUCAUGAAACUUGGUACACAUGUUAACAAUGACAAUACGCAAUAAAGAAACUGUGUAGUUUGUCCUAUUACUAUAAGUUAAUUUUAAGUAAGUAUGGGGAUAUAUAAUAUGCCCCAUUCUUGGCUGAGAAAAAGAGUUAAGUUUCCGCAUCUGUCGCUCUUGUUUACUAGAGUUUAAGCCAGGUUUUAAGAAGGACAGGAUGCGGAAAGACUGCCAGGGUGCUAAGUGGAAAAAGGGCACAUUGUAUCUACUUCUAUAAUAGAAGAAGGGUGCCAAUACUGGCCUCCAUGGCUUCCCAUAACUCCUUAGCUUAAUCAAUUUGUUUAUAAACUGAGAUCAUAAGUGUUAAAGAAUAUAUUUUUAUUUGUCUUAUUUUGAGUUUACAUUCUAGAAAUUGUAUAUAAUGAUUAAGUCAUGUUUCCUCUUGUAAAUAAUUAUUUUUACUUACUGCUGUAUGCCUGGUUUUAUACAUGUACAUAUUAUACUUGUCAUUAAAUUUUUAUCUGCAAACUUCUGUUUGCCUUUACACUUGGACCGAAAACAUUUAUGGUAUGUUAAGUCUAAAUCCAAUAUUCAUAAUAAAAUAAAAUGGUCGAACACAG